ACCAACCGCGCAAGGGACUCCAUCGACACCCGUCUCGAUCAAUUGAACCGGCAGAUGCCGCUCUGAGCUUGGGGGAAAAUCCGAUGCUCGCGCAACUCUCCCCGAUCGCAAUGGCUUCCCAGAAUGAGUCGCCUGACACUCGCCCGACGCGGUCGCAGGCCCAGCCAACAUCCUCGCCUUUCCAAUCGAGGGCUGCGAAACAACUUGGACUCUUCUUUGCCGGGGCCGGCUUCUUCGUCUUUUCGGCAAUGGUUACCCGACGCUCCGUAGCCCGCAAACAACUCGCUGCCUUCCCGAAAUUCUAUCAACCCAGCCACUAUGCUGCUGGCAAACAAGGAAACACCGAGGGUGGCAUGAUUGCCGUCGAGGCUUUGAAUCUGGCAACACUGAACGUCAUGAGCUUCGCGAUCAUGAUGACUGGGGGCGCUGCUUGGGCAUUUGAUGUGUCUUCGGUCGACGACUUGAGAGAGAUGGCUAGGAGAAGCAUCCGCGGAGCGGCUGGCCAGACGGACGAGGCGGCCGAGAAGGAGUUCGAGGAAUGGGCUGCAAAUAUUUUGACAAAAUUCGGCAAGAUGCCGGAAGAGGGCAAAACACAAGACGACACCAAGACCGAGGCCAAUCCAAAGACAAGCAAGUAAGGACGGCGAAGUGGCUACUUCUAGACCAUGCUUAACCCCUCCUCGCGAACUGCGGACGCUCCCUGGGAAAGCCUCACAUUUGGAUGCUGCCAGCUCGUUCCCGCCGCGGCACAAUGUACAAUUGAUAAGGCGAAUAUCGCCCCUUAAGACACAUCUCACCAUCAAGCGAUUGAACAACUAGCACUGCCCGCCCUGAGCUAGCAUUGCUGCCCAGCAGGAGUGCUGGCACUCGUGAGCAUGCGAGACCGGAGGGGGUUGUCGAAAUGGUGAAGCCACCAAGGCGGCGGUGUUGACCGUGGUCUCAGCCUGUGGCGGCGAUUCGGUGGCCUCGGUCCAAGUUUACAAAGGGGCUCUGGGUUCUGCAUCGCGGCGUUCCUGGCAGCAUACGGAUAGGGUGAUCAGUUAUGCUGUCUUAGAGCUGCCUCGGAACCGCAAUUUGUGGACCGCAG